AUGGCUUAUGUCAGUGCAGUUGGCUAUGACUGGCGCCAUGAUACAUCCACCAUACUGUCGGAAGCUUCUUUCACAGAUCGGCUAGUGCGGAAAGUGGAAGAAGCGGGCCGGCCUGUUAUCAUCGCGGCACACGGGUACGGCUGCCCCCUAGCGGCCGCGUUUAUGAAUGCCCGCGAUGAGUCCUGGAAGAAGAGGCACGUAUUGCAUUUUUUGUGCGCUGGGGCCCCGUUGCUUGCUUCUACUGCUGCUAGACAGGCGAUCGCCAGGGGCGACGGGAUGCUGAUGACUGGCAUGGCGCACCGGUAUGUAGAUGCGGCGGCAAACGUCAGAGAAGAGGGGAGGCUGGACUUUCGCGCGAUGGAGUUUGAGCUCGGGUUAAGGCGGGGCAGGAGGAGAGACCAUUUGCCAGUGGUUCUGGGCGUGUGGGAUAGGAAGGAGGGCGGCACAGUAUCCCGGGAGGAGAGAGUCAAGCUGGCGGAGAGGUUCACGGCGCUGAGGGAGAUGAGCGCGGGCGUGACAGCAGAAAGGCCUGGGGUUAGGGUUACGUGCGUGGUAGGGGAUAGAGAGGGGGAUGGGGAGGGGGAUGGGAUGGUGGAGAGGAAGAGUGCAGAGGCGUGUGGAGACUGGGAAGGGGCCCGUGUAGAGAGGGUAGGCGCAGGGCAUUUUAAUCUUACGAGGAUGGUGGGCGAGGUGGUGUUGAGAAUCUUGAAGGGAAUCGAGUCGAAUGGAAUCUCCUAAUGCCGGGGAUUGAAGAGAGGGAGAUCAGCAGUUCUGCAGUCAUGAGGAAAGUUGUUGUCAAGACCGGUCUUGUAGACUAUGGGUACAGCGAAUGAGAGGUCCGCGUGGACUUCGCUUGCAACUGACGUGGAUGCAGAGACGAAGGAGCGACGUGUGUAUUGGCGGCGGGUUGGUCACAGAUUCAGGGUGAAUCAGUUGGAUGGCUCUGCGGUCCAGGCUUGCAGCCAGGAUCACAGCUUUCUUGUCAGAAUAUGAUCCGCUGUUGCAAUCCAUCCCAUGUCCUCGUAAGCGUUGGGCUGCCGCCAUUAAUUUGUCGUUCUUUCAUCUUAUAAGCCCACCUCGCGGCACAUUCUCAAAUCAUCGAUAGG